AUGAAAGCAUAUUCUAUAUAUGUUGAACAUUCAAUAAAAAAUGAAUGGUCUAUCGAUUUUAUGUUGUGUGGUCACUUUAUGUGUUCAUAUCACGAUCUCAAAGAUGAUUCCAAAUGUCCAAAUUGUGAAAAAGAGGUUAUUACUCAACAGCAUCUCGAUGUGAACGUAAAACGACAAAAGACAGAUACACCUACAGCUGCAUCCACCACAUCUUCACCAACACUCUUGUUAUCACCGAUAGGUGGUACUUCCUCUACAACAACUACAUCUAAACAACUACAGCUUACACCAACAACAACAACAACAACUACGACUUCUACUUCUACUUCUUCAUCUUCUUUAUCAACAAGCACAGUAAUAAUAGCUACACCAACCACCACCACUACUACGAAAUCACAAGAAGAUAAAUCACUACAAGAUGAAAAGGAUUUGAAACCAAAGAAUAUACUACAAAAGAGGUAUUGUCAGAUUCAUCAUUACAAACUACGAUACAUCAAUGUCACACAACAAUGGAACCAAGAGUCACCGACUACCGAUAAAUUCCAGUUUUUCACCUCCGAGCGAAGACAACUCUGUAAUAAGCUUGACACUACCUUUAAAGAGACAAUAAAGGCUGUCAAUGAGGUCAGUACGGCCACAGGGGAGAUCGCCAAGCUUAAAGAACGCAACAGUCAUCUACACAAGUUUGAAAUCGAUAAGUACUACGAACUUGUAUCGGUAAAGAUCGAUAGGGACGACCGAUCUUGGUUCACAAUGGAACGAUUCCACAUUGGUUCUGGCAAGUUGGUCAGUGGAUCUACCAAGCGCUUCCAAAUUCGAAACUCACAGGGUGCACUUGAAGUUAUGGGUCCGAUAAGCAUAGCAACCAACAACAACAGCAUUCAUAUACUUUGUGACAAAGAAAUGAGACGUUGUGACUUGGACUUUGACGAGAAGAAACCACACAUCAAAUCUCUUAAAUUCCAAAAUCAGGAGAACUUAAACACUCUCUUUGACGACUGUAAGCUAAUGGUAUUAGACCGUGAACUUAAACAUUUCUUUUACAGUAUCAUCUAUGCUGAUGAAGAGUCAAAUAAUGAAGAUAUUGCUGAUAAUAAUAAUGAUAAUAAUAACAAUAAUAAUAAUGACAUUGAUAUGAAUAACAAUAAUAAUAACAAUGAAAAUGAUAAUAACAACUAUAAUGACGUUGAUAUGAAUAACAACAACAAUAACAAUAUAUUUGGUAAUAAUAGCAAUAACGAAAAUGAUAAUGCUGAUGAUAAGGAUGAUAAUGAUAAUUCAAGUGAUAGUAGUAGCACAAAAGAUGGAGAUGAAGAUGAUGACGAUGAUGACAGUGACAAUGAUUCAGAGAGUGAUAAGGAUGACAAUGAUCACGAUAUGAUAAAGUCAGAAUUAAAUGAAGAUAAAAAACAAUUUAAUCAAUCUGAACAACCAAAGAUGUUGUUGGUAAAUGUAAAGGAGGAGUCUGAUGACAGUAAAGAUCAAACAACACCCGAGCUUAAAUCGAUAUCUUCACCACCUCUCUUUGGAGAUAAUGAAAAGUUAGAGUCACCUAAAGCAAUCAAUAGUCUAUCUCCAACAACAACAGCAGCAUCAUCAUCAUUAACAACAACAUCGACAGCAGCAACAACAACAACAACAACAACAACAACAGACCAACAAAAAAUAACUAAUUCACCAUCUACACCAGUGUUGUUAACAGAACCAUCAAUAACAACAACAUCAUCAUCAUCAAAGAAAUCAUAUUUUAUAGAGCAAAUCAUACCGUCGAUUCCUGUUGGUUUCUCUGAGGGUGACGCAUAUUGUUUCUAUGAAAAACCUCAACCAUCAUCAACAACUUCCUCAGCAUCAGCAACAACGACAUCAUCAUCACAAGCAACUCAAUCAUCAAACUACGAUAGUGUAAUCGAUCUUGACAACGAAAAACAUGAAACAACCUCCAAGAAAAGGACAAGAAUUAACUAA